AUGCGCGCCGCUGGACCCAUAGACAUCAUGGCUCAACAAAGCAGCAGCACGCAGGUCGUGGCGUCCCACAGGGUAGCCAAACCUCUCAAGCCAUACACGCAACCUGAUCACUCCCCCUCACAAGAACCAGAGCUCCGGGAGGUGCUGGUUUACAGCCUGCGUGAACACAUGACCCUGGAAGGGCACCCUAACAACGAGCGGUUUAAUGAUGCAGAGGUCUUUGAUUGCUCCAAGGCAAUGGUUGUGAAAGGCGGGGCUGGCAAGUUUCACAAGUUGGAGAGUGGUCUUCUGGGAGCCAUUGAGAUGGCCUACGCUGGAGGCCACUGCCUUCAUCUGAGGCCGGAUGACAUCUGGCUGGCUAUAGCUCAAGGUGUUAGUGCGCACCUCUCACACGAGAAGAACGCUGAAAAGUACAGGAAUGUCUUCGUGGACCAUCAGGGGAAGGAGGACAUUGUGGUCGACUGCACGGACUUCCUAACAGGCGAGUGA